GGCUCUCCCUCGUGAGCCUCAGCAGUCUAGAGUAACACCAGCCCAGCAGGUCAGUCAACACCUCACAUGCAAGUCAUCCUGAUACUGCCUUUUCAGCUAUCUAAAUAUUUUAUUGUGAGCAGUGACCAGGCAGCGCGUAUAAAGCCGCUGACACAGAGCGCCGCAUUAGUGCUGAGUCACGCUGCGACGUAAAGCUGCACGUAGAGGAAGCACAUGGACGGACAAAACAGCAACAUGAGCGCUAAUGCCAAGAUGUUUAACCAAGCCAAGACGCUCAGACUCCACACCGGGAACAUAGUCAACCGCAACCGGAUGAAAAAGAAGUGUCCUGGCUCUCCCAGUGAGGAACUGCAAGACUGCAUUCAGGCUACCCUGGGGGACUGGUUUUCCCAGACGAAGCUAACUGCAGAGGACUUCCAAGAUACACUGGACUGCUCCAUUCCUGAAGCAACAGACGCUAUAACACCAGAGGAGAGGGAGGAGCUGAAGGUUUCAGCUAAACUGUUCCUAUGUGAGUCUGAUAAAUCUUCAAUCAAAGAAGCAGUUAAGAUGGCCUGCCAGACACUGGCAGUGUCCCAACUCGAUUCUGUUAUAAUAGCGCCCCCUGGGCCCCCAGAGGGGGACACACAGACUCUGGCUCACCUACAGCCGGUUUGGGAGGAGCUGGAGGCUCUGGUGCAGAGCCAGCAGAUUGCAGCUAUCGGCACUUCUGACUUGGACAAAGAUCUGCUGGAACAACUUUACAAUUGGGCUCAGGUAAAGCCCAGCAGUAACCAGGUGAACCUGGCAUCCUGCUGUGUGAUGCCUCCUGACCUCACAGCAUUUGCAAAAGAGUUUGACAUACAGCUGCUCACACACAAUGACCCCAAAGAGCUCAUGUCGGCAGCAGCAUUCCAACAGGCUCUGCAGGAGGGGACACAGGAGCUCAGUGUUGCCGACUGGAGGCUAGACUGGGUUCUACGAUACUCCAUUAUUGUCAAGAGCAGAGGCAUUAUAAAAUCCAAAGGUUACCUUGUCAGUGCGAGUAAGGCAAGGUCAUAGCAUAGCUCGUUCAUGAAGAUGUGUGGAUAAAGCCAUGUUAUUCAUCACUUCAAAUUACAGAAACACACAUUCAGUAAGUGGAUGUUGCCAAUUGCGGUGAAUCUAAAACUAAUUUUUGUACCACUGUUUUUAGUUCUUUAAAAUGUAGAACUGAGUCAUAAAACUAUAACUCUGAAUUACAUUUUCAAUGGGCUCAUUCUGGCCACUGUCUAUCUGUGAAGCUGGUUGUUGAUACUGUAUUUUAGUUGGUAAUGAAGUGCCUCUCAGAUUCCUGUCAUCUUCCCAAAUCCGUUAAGAGACAAAACCUGUAAAUUAUUUAUGCAAAGUUUUUUGAUUCUUGAUUUGUGUAUGAUUUAUUGAAAAACAUGUUGGCAUUCCAGUCUUGGCAAAAAGCACUAAUCAAACUAAAUGAGCAUACGGACUGCUGAUACUGUAAUGCAGUUUGAGAUCCUAUGCUUUACAUUUAACUUGUAUCCAUGCAUUUUCACCAAAAUGUUUUAGAACAAAUUGUUUACCAAGCUCAUGAGAUUAACAGUAGAACAGAAACACAUAAUAUGCAUUGUUACGAUUGCACUGGGGAAUCUUUAUGUAGUAAUGUCACCUGAAUGUUAAAUUAAAGCUGCUCUUGCACACAGGGUCCAGUGAAUGAAAUGAUGCAGCUCCUCUACUGUACUGUAAAUGUAUUGUCAUAUCUGUAUAUCAUGAUUAAAUUUGCUUUAUUAAAAUCA